AUGCACUCUCCUGCCAGUCCCAAAAUCCUAUACAGGAACCCCCGGUUCCUCCGGUUAGCUUUUGUGCAGCUUCAUCACCAGCAGCAGAGUGGUGUGUUCUGUGAUGUCCUUCUGCAGGCAGAAGGUGAAGAAGUCCCAGCCCAUUGCUGCAUCUUGUCUGCCUGCAGCCCCUUUUUCACAGAGCGCCUGGAGCGGGAGAGGCCAGCUCAGGGUCAGAAGGUAGUGCUACAGUUGGGUGGUCUGAAGAUCAGGACACUUAGGAAGCUGGUGGAAUUCCUGUAUACCUCAGAGAUAGAAGUAUCUCGAGAAGAAGCACAGGAAGUGCUUUCUGCUGCUCGUCAGCUCCGUGUUUCUGAGCUAGAAUCCCUUCAGCUAGAGGGUGGAAAAUUGGUGAAGGCCCUGCAGGGCCGAAGACUGAACCGAGAGUGUUUACAGCCACCAAGUGCUACAUCAAUCUCUGCCAGAGUAGUGGCACCCAGCUGCAGCCCUCAAUCUCCACCGCCUGCUACCCACACUCCCUGUCCUCCUAGGGCAGUAAGAUGGGAGUCCUCAGGGAAGGAGGAGGGGCCCCAUGAAAAGAGCAACCAACAAAAUGCAGAGAACCUAUCUGGCACACUUCAGCUCAAGAGGAAGGCCAGAGCCUGUGCCACUCCACAAGAAAAAAGCCCUUCACCAUCAAGCCACGGUCAGGGGCCUAAGGAGAACGAGAAUGACCCUGCUCUUGGUCUUACAGCACUUUCCCCACCCAGCUUUUUCCCCCCUGUGGAUGAGCAACUACUGCCCAGAAAGAUCAGACUAAGUCGAGCAAGGCCGUCUUCUGAUAUCUGUACAUCAAAGCCUUCCAGCAUUUUAAGCAUAUCCAGCUCAGUGCCUGUAGGCCCUGGCCGGCGCCUUUGGCGACAGAGGAGUAUAAAUAAAGCACCAGAGGACAAGAAACCAGGGAGAGCUAUUCCUCUACAGAGGACUCCAAGCCCUUCUGGUCUUGGGAAGACAGGUGGGAGCAGGAAGCAGAGCUACAAAGUCAGGGCAUCUAACUCAGACUCUGCAGAGGAGGGGCAGGUUGGAAGAGUGAAACUUCGGAAGAUUGUCAAUGGGACCUGCUGGGAGGUAGUGCAAGACAUUCCCCAGAUCUCAGCUCCUGGAGGAGACUUCAAAGAGCCUUCAGGGAUUCAGCCAUCUUCAGUAAACGAGCAGGGAAUGUCAUCUGCUAGAAUAGAACUGUGUCAGGACUCCUCCCUGUCCUCAAGGCUACAAGACAUUCUGCUCUCUAGUAGCCACACCCCAGACCACCCAGUGGUGAAAUCCAAGUUUAGGUCCAGUCCAGAGUUGGUAGGGAAGGAACCAGUAUUGGAUACUGACUGCAGAAAGCCCUAUGCAUUUGACACAGCCCUAUUGGGGCAGCCCUGUGAAGCUGAGGAGUACCGAAUCACAAGUAGUGCUGCUACCAGUGAACUGGAGGAGAUCCUGGACUUCAUGCUCUGUGGCUCAGACAUGGAACCACCUAUAGGGUCUCUGGAGAGUCCAGGAUCUGAGGGUUAUAGAACCCCUAGUUAUCACCCAACAGAAACAGGAAAGAACUGGAUUGAAGGGGAAGAAUGGUGUUUGCCAGAUGUGGAACUCUGGGCCAGGGAGCUCACAGGAUUAGAAAAGGAAGCUAUUGGUGAGAACAAAGGGCCAGUUGAGCCCCUUAGCCCCUUUGUUAUGCCCUCUGAGAUAAAUGAAGUGCUUUCGGUGGGAGGCUCUUGGACUGCAGACAUUGAAAUGACCAACUCCCAGUCCCUGAAUGGUCAGGGAGACAAACUUCUCCCCAUCGACUCUGACUCCCUUGACCCUCCCCAGAGGUCUUAUGGGGACCUCUCACCUCUCUGCUCAAACUGGGUGGAGACUGGGCUAGAAGUGUCCCUACCUGUGGAAGAGGUAUUAUGCCCUGCUCCAGAGACAAAUGAGGAGAUACCUGGUAGCUCUGAACUACUGGGUCCACCUCCUGUCAGCUCUGAAGAGGAAGAGAUUGAUGUGGUAGACUGGACAGCAGAGGGCAAGUUGGUACCCACUGGUAUUCCCUCCGUAUGGCCUGACCCUUCCUCAGAGUCAGAAACAGAGGUAGAUAUACUAACGUAG